AUGAAGUUGAACGUCUCUUACCCUGCCAAUGGCAGCCAGAAGCUCUUCGAGAUCGAGGACGAGCGCAAGCUCAACGUCUUCAUGGAGAAGCGCAUGGGUGCCGAGGUCCCCGGUGACUCCGUCGGCGACGAGUUCAAGGGCUACAUCUUCCGCAUCACCGGCGGCAACGACAAGCAGGGUUUCCCCAUGAAGCAGGGUGUCAUGGUCCCCGGCCGUGUCAAGCUCCUCCUUUCCGAUGGCCACUCGUGCUACCGUCCCCGCCGCGCCGGUGAGCGCAAGCGCAAGUCCGUCCACGGCUGCAUCGUCGGCAUGGACAUGUCCGUCCUCGCCCUGUCCAUCGUCAAGAAGGGCGACGAGGACAUCCCCGGCCUCACCGACGUCGUGCACCCCAAGCGCCUCGGCCCCAAGCGUGCGACCAAGAUCCGCAGGUUCUUCGGCCUCACCAAGGAUGACGAUGUUCGCAAGUACGUCAUCCGCCGUGAAGUCCAGCCCAAGGGCGAGGGCAAGACCCCCUACACCAAGGCUCCCAAGAUCCAGCGCCUGGUCACCCCCCAGCGCCUCCAGCACAAGCGUCACCGCGCUGCACUCAAGCGCCGCCAAGCCGAGAAGGUCAAGGACGAGGCCAACGAGUACGCUCAGAUCCUUGCCAAGCGUGUCGCUGAGGCCAAGGCCAACAAGGCCGACGCCCGCAAGCGUCGUGCUUCCUCCAUGCGCAAGUAA